GGGGGGGGAGGGCUCGUGAGCUCAGCAACCGAUGUUUGUUGUGGCGAUCUUUUGGCGAUGAGUGGGCGAAGGUUGCGUUGCUGGCGGUGAAGUCGUGUGUCGUCCAUUGGUUGGACGACGCUCGUCUGAUCUCAAGGCUGCCAGAGGAAAGGGCUUUGCGAGGCGCCUGUCAGUUAUGGGGGUCGGAGGAGAAGAUGAGAGGCAACGAACAUGAAGAUCGAGGCCAUGACAGCCUCCGCCGCCGAUCGAAAAUGGUGGUGGCUGGGAGCUUGGCUAUCCAUACGGUUGGCUUUUUUUUUUUUUUUUUUUUUCCCUCUUUCUUUCAGGGUCUGAUUCGUGCAGGGAAGAUGCUCUCAGCCUACGAGGUCAGAGCUGGGAUGGCAGGUAUUCUGCUGACGUACGCAGCCUCGUUGUCGACCCACUAUUUCAGUAACCGAGGGUUAGUGCAUUCCUAUGUACCUGCUUCAAGGUUCGGUACUAGCAAAGCAAACCGAAGCAAAGAAAGACGACAGACGGAGAUAACAGAAACAUAGACAAUAGUGGAAAUCGGAAGGUGGAAGCUCCUGAAUUUGGUAUAAGGGUUGUCUGUGUGUUU